AUGCCUCGUAAUAAAAUAUCUGAUGAUAUCGAACGGGUUGUUAAAUAUCUUUUGACGAAAAAGUAUUCAUAUUCUGUUAUAAAAAAAGAAUUAUCUGAAAUGAAUCUUAAUUAUCAAGAAAAUACAGUAAGUUUAGUUACAUUUGGAAAAUCAUAUUUACAAUUAAUUAUGUCUUCGUAUUCAUCAAUUUUAACAAAUUGA